AUGAACCUACCUCUUGAACCUCGAAGUUCUUCAACUUCGUGUUCUACAAGUACCAUGCAACACCUAAGAAGUGCGACUACGGCAAUAUUCACUUCUGGGAAGUCCUUUGCUCGAGAGCAUACAGCCGCACUAGCCUUUGGUAGUACGGGACUUGCCCUCGCUACGGCACCUAUCGCUGGCCCCGCAAUAUUAGGUGCUGCCGGUUUUGGCGCUACAGGGCCUGUUCUGGCUUCACUUGCUGCAGUAUGGCAAUCUUCAAUCGGAGCAGUUCAAGCUGGGAGUCUGUUUGCCACAUUACAAAGUGCCGCGAUGGGAGGUGCUGCUGCGGGAGGAUUCACAACAGCAUCGAAUAUUGGUAUCGCGAUGGUGGGAUCCGCGGCGAUCGGAACACAGUGGACUUAUAGCAAAGGAGUACCACGGAUGAGGCAUGAUGUCAAAAGUACUGAUAAAGCUGGAUACUGA